AUGGAAGAUCAGUAUCGCGACGAGGAUGGAGAGUCAUUGAUGGAUUUUGUGAGGGAUUACGAUGCCCAAUUGUCAGCGUGCGGUGGCAAGAGGAAAAAGUCGGAUAAUGAUGAUUAUGGCGGCGAAGGCAGCAGUAGGAAGAAAGAAAAGAAGGAAAGAUUUGACAAAAGGGAGAGACAUGAGUCGACGAAAUUCAAGGAGGUCAAUGAGAUGUGGCAAACAAUAAUAGCCGGCGGUGAUUCUGAGGAUGAUCAUGAUGGUAAAAGGACGCUUGAUGAUGAUCACGAUAACUUCAUUGUCGACGAUGAUGGCCUUGAUCCUCCUGCAGAUCGAUAUGGAAGUGAUAAUGAAGAAGAUGAGUCGGACGAUGAAAUCGCACAGCUUUUCAAGGUGGGAAAGAAAAAAAAGAAACAUGAGAAAAGUGCUGCAGAAAUAUCAAUGCUGGUUGAAAACGUGAUGGCAGGACUAGAAGUUGUGGCCGAGGAAGAUGUGGAACUUAAUAGGCAAUCCAAGCCAGCUAUAAACAAACUCAGGAAACUGCCGCUUCUUCAAGAAGUGCUCUCUAAGAAACAACUUCAAGCUGAGUUUUUGGAUCACGGAGUUUUAACCCUGUUAAAGACUUGGCUCGAACCUCUUCCAGAUGGAAACCUUCCAAAUAUAAACGUUCGAGAGGCUGUAUUGAAGCUCUUACAUGAUUUUCCAAUUGAUUUAGAGCAGUUUGACAGAAGAGAGCAACUGAAGAAGAGUGGUCUUGGAAAGGUCAUUAUGUUUUUUUCAAAGUCGGAUGAAGAGACCGCAUCCAACAAAAGACUUGCUAAGGAACUAGUUGACAAAUGGAGUCGACCUAUAUUCAAUAAGAGCACGAGAUUUGAAGACAUGAGGGGUACUUAUGAGGAUGAGAGGCGGCCGAGGCCAUCAGCGAAAAAGCCAAUGCGCCAUAAGGGGGGUUCAGGAAUGCAAUCUCGAGAUGACGACGACGACCUUGACUUAUUAGCUGAAGUAGUAGAGGGUAAAGAUGUUGUUGGUAAGUCAUCCUCUCGACUUAUAACUACAAGGCCGCCUGAGGCGAUGUCCAUGGACUUUGUUGUUCGUCCUCAAUCUAAAAUUGAUCCCGAUGCGAUAAGGGCUCGCGCUAAGCAAGUUGUACACGAUCAGCGUCGACUCAAGAUGCGAAAGAAGCUGCAACAGUUGAAAGCACCAAAAAAGAAACAGCUUCAGGCUACAAAGCUCAGUGUGGAAGGACGUGGCAUGAUCAACUACUUGUAGUUUCUGUCAUUUGGUUGAUGCAACGAACCACCAAAG